GGCGGAUUUUCCUUCGGUCCCCAACAAAUCAAACCGCUUAUUUUCUCGCCGAAUAAGAAACUAACUGAUACAAUGUCGAGCCAGAGCGCAGCAGAGUCGCAGGAACCGCUGCGCCUCUCCUUCCCCGUUGGCCAGCAGGCCGAGGACCAUGGGGAACCGGAGGACUUGGAGCUCCUCCUGUCGGGAAAGCGGCUGCAGUGCCGGCAGCUAGGUGCGGCAGCGGUGGCGGAAUCCAGAAUUCUGUGGCGGCUCUCCGCCCCGGCCAUCAUAAUUAUGAUCUUUAACUUCAUGCUCAGUUUCGUGUCCCAGAUGUUCGCGGGCCACCUGGGGGAGGAUCAGCUGGCCGGGGCGGCCAUCGCAAACGUCGGCCUCCAGGGGCUCGCGUACGGCGUCAUGUUGGGCAUGGCGAGUGCAGUGCAGACGCUCUGCGGACAAGCCUAUGGACAGGGGAAGUACAGUAUGAUGGGAGUGAUAUGCCAGAAGGCGAUGAUCAUCAUGGGGCUGACCGCAGUGGCUCUUUCCUUCGUCUACUUCUACGCCUACCGCAUCCUGAAGCUCAUAGGGCAGUCGACGGACGUUGCGUUUUACGGGCAGGUCUUCACCAGGGGCCUGAUACCGCAGCUGUUCGCCUUCGCCCUGUACUGCCCUAUGCAGAGGCUUCUUCAGGCGCAGAACAUCGUGAAUCCGGUGGCCUACCUGUCCGUGGCCACCUUCUUCCUCCACCUCCUCCUCACCUGGCUGGCGGUGGACAAGCUGGGCUUCGGCCUCUUCGGCGCCGCCGCCACCCUCAGCCUGUCCUGGUGGGUGCUGGUGGUUCUCACCGGCGCCUACAUCCUGCUGAGCCCCAACUGCGCCCACACGUGGACUGGGUUCAGUGCCCAGGCGCUCAAAGGACUCUGGUCUUACUUCAAACUGACAGUCGCCUCCGCGUUCAUGCUGUGCUUGGAGAUAUGGUAUACGCAGGGGUUGGUUAUUAUCUCCGGUCUGCUUCCCGACCCCGAUGUCGAGCUCGACUCUAUCUCUAUAUGCAUGAAUUACCUCAACUGGGACAUGAUGAUCAUGCUUGGCAUCAGUGCCGCAGCAAGUGUGCGGGUGGGCAAUGAGCUGGGAGCUUGCCAUCCGAAAACAGCGAGGUUCGCGGUGGUCGUGGUGACGGCGACGUCGGUGGUGGUCAGCGUGACUCUGGCCGCCUUGGUUUUGAUCCUGAAGAAGCAGCUGAGCCUGGCCUUCACCACCACCGAAGAAGUUAUAGCUGCGGUGUCUUCACUGACGCCAUUGUUGAGCUUGUCCGUUCUGUUGAAUGGAGUGCAGCCGAUUCUAUCAGGAGUAGCAAUAGGAUGCGGGUGGCAGGCCCUGGUUGCCUACGUCAAUCUUACCACCUACUACAUCAUUGGCCUUCCCAUUGGCUUAGUCUUGGGCUUCAAAGAAGGGCUAGGCGUUACUGGAAUCUGGUGGGGAAUGAUCAUGGGAGUUGGAUUGCAAACCUUAACUUUGAUUAUACUCACCCUCAGGACUAACUGGGAAAAAGAGGUUGAGAAGGCAGUUGAACGUGUGAAACGUUCAGCUCAAGAGAGCUUGAUAGAAGAUGGGGUCAUCUGAUAGAGACGCAAACAUUCGUGUUUAUGCCCCCAUAUGGGAUUCAGGACGGCCGGAAAACGCCUUCGGAAAUGAGGAUGACAAAUGCGGAUGCUUUUUCUCCCGUGGAAAUCAAGAGAUGAUUGAGUCUUUUUUUUUUACUUGUUUAAUGGAACUUAAUCAUUCCAUAUAUAUAUAGUGACAAUGCCACAAGGAAUCAAGAGAUGUAGGAGUUUUUUUUCUAAUGAAAUAUAAACA